AAUAGGUCUACCUAUUUCGUGGUGACGGUGCUAGAACGGUGGGACUGGCGGUGGUACAGUGGGGAUUGGCCGGGAAGGAUUGAGAAGCACGGAGGAAAAACGAAAUGGAAAAAAAGGCUACUAGUAGGGUGCGGUACACGUUCGGUAGGUCAGUUCCAGUGACAACCGAACCUGCUUGCGCGCCCCGAGGAGAAACGGGUCAGACGCAUUACACGAGUCGCGACACGUCUCCAUUCUGCUUGCCUAAAUCUGUCAUUUCUGUCCAUUUCUGUCGUGCAUUGAACCUAUCACCGACUGAUAGAGAAUCUGAGACUACCUCUCUCCGAUUCUUGCAAUUUCCGAUUUCCGAGCUCCGACUUCCACCGUCAGCCGGACCACUGUGAGAAAACCAUACCCAGUCCUGCGCGGCCAACUCAGCUCCGUAAGGCCAUCCCGGCGGUACUACUACUAGUAGUAGUAGUAGUGGUAUCAUGGCGGCUGACGCCGUUCCAGCUACUACAGGAUGGGCCACUACUACUAGUGGUAGCGCAUCCAACUCCAACUUGGAGAACGCAACACUGGCCUUUCUUGUUCUUGAUUCCACCGUGUCAAGCCUCACGUACGCGUCGAGCUGCGUCCUCGCAUCUCCAACGCUCGUGACCAUCGCAUUAGUUACGGCGGCGGUGAUCGUUCUCGGUUCCUGGAGCUCCUUCUUUCGACGCCGCCAUUCCCUUCCCCCCGGACCAUCCCCAUGGCCCAUUUUCGGCAACCUUCCGAACUUAGGUCCGACGCCUUACCGCUCCAUGGCCGAAAUGGCAGAAACGUACGGGCCCAUCCUGACCGUUUGGUUCGGUUCUACGCCAGCUGUGGUCAUCUCGUCGCCGGAGCUCGCCCGAGAGGUGCUUAAAACGAAGGACAAGUCGUGCUCGUCCCGCCCGGUAACGCGCACUCUGCAGCAGCUCAGCCUCGGCGCGAGGAACCUCAUCUUCUCGCCGCCCAACGACAGCUGGCGCACGCAGCGGCGGCUCGCGGCGCUGCACCUCCUGUCGACGCGGCAACUGCAGGAGAGCCUCGCGGUUCGAGAGCGGGAAAUCCGCGACAUGCUCGACGCGAUUGCUUCAGACUCCGCCGCUUCCGCCGCCGCCGCCGCCGCCACCGCUGCCGGCCUUAGUUCCAGUGGUCCUGCUGGCGGCAUUUCCGAGGGCUCCUCGUACGGGUCGUCCUGGGACGGUAGCACUAUUACCCUCCGAGGUAUCGAAGUGCGCAGGUAUCUUAGUCGAGCUACGCUGAACAACAUCCUUCGGCUGACUGUUGGCAAGCACUUCAGCUAUGACACCAUCCGCCACGCUGCUGCUGCUGCUGCGCCCGGCGAGAUGCUUGCGAGCGCCAUGAAGGUCGACUGGAACCGACGCAUAGCCGCAAUCAGCAGCGUGACCCGCGACGCUGCACGUGGUAUUUGCAGUGCAGGUGGUGCAGGUGGUGCAGGUGGUGCAGUGGAAUCUGCGGUGGGGGAAGGGGAGGGGGAGAUGCUGAUCGCCAUGAUUGAGGAGGGCUUCGCGCUGCUGGGUGCAUUCAAUCUCGGUGACUACAUUCCAUGGCUUGCUCGCGUGGAUCCGCAGCGGAUCUUUGCACGCGCCGUGCGCCUGAGGCCGCAGAUGCACGGAUUCAUGCGCGCAUGCAUCGAGGAGAGGCGGCAGGUGAUGAGAGGAGAGGCGAGCAAACGCAAGGACUCGGUGAACUGUGACCCUUGGGAGGAGGGAGAGCAUGGACGGCAGGAAGGGAAGGAGGAGGUCCCUCCCAGUGGGGAAGGGGACAAGGUGGCGCCAGCCAAGUCCGGUUCAGGCAAGGUGAGUGAGGAGGAGGGCGCGGUUUUUUCCGAGAAACGUUCCCCCGUGACGUUUGUAGACAUGCUGUUGGAGAGGGAAGGUGAGGGAGAGGAUGAGGUGGAGAGGGAUGUGAUUCUCAUGCUUGCACUGGAUAUGGUGAUGGCGGGGACCGACACCACUGCCAAGACCGUUGAGUGGGCUCUUGCUGAGCUGGCACAGCACCCAGGUGUGCUGGAGAAGCUCCAGGCUGAGGUGGAUGCAGCCUAUGCCAGGUCGGCAAGUGUUAUUAUGGCUACUGAAGCGGGCACAAUGGGGUAUGCCCCCAAUGUUUUGCUCCCGGUUCAAGAGAUGCCGUACCUCCAGGCAGUGAUAAAAGAAACGCUUAGGCACCACCCGGUUGCGCCACUCCUCGGCCCGCACCUGACUACUGAUAGGGUAACUCUGGGAAGCUACAAUAUCCCGCCGAACACCAUGAUCCAGAUCAAUGCCUGGGCGCUUGCGCACGAUCCAACGGUCUGGAUCAACCCGCACAACUUUGACCCGGCAAGGUUCCUCGACCCUGCUGCUCCUGACGUUUCCGGGCAGAAUUACAGCCUGCUGCCGUUCGGUUCGGGCAGGCGUGGGUGUGCCGGGAUGGGUCUGGCACAGGACCUGGCAGCUCGGAUGCUUGCCAGUUUCGUUCUGCGCUUUGACUUUGAGCUGCCGGCAGAUGUGAAGGCAGGUGGAGGGGUGGACAUGGGGGAGACUUUUGGGCUGACCUUGGCAAUGGCUAAGCCGCUGAGGAUUGUGACCAAGGAGAGGAAGGUAAAGCAGCCAAUAAAGGCUUGAGCUUGCAGGGUUUGCGUUUGAGUCAACUUAACAGCAGCGGGUGGAGGGGUGGACUUGGGGGAGAGGUUUGGAUGGACUGGCCAUGGCUUUGGCUGAGCUGCUCAGGAUUAUGGUUAGAGAGGAAGGAGAGCGAGCAUCUUAUGCUGUGAUGCUGUUGCCAUGAAGGCUUGAGGUUGCCAAGAAGAGUCCAGGUCCCUGAGCUCCCGGCUUGCUCCCCAAACCUUCUGAUUUCAACUACCAUGGCGGUAUUGUUCUACAAGUAGACCUUGGUCGUUUUACUGUGUGAGCAAGCUACAAAAGGCAGCCUCAAAUGUCAUUCUUC